AUGGAUAUGGUUAGAAGGGAGAAACCCCUAGUAGAUAAAAUACGAAAGCAAAGGGUUAAGGAAUUUCGGGCUAUUAUUGAUGAUGACCUAGAAAGAGGAGAGUUCUGGUUGGAAAAUACCAUUAGGGUAUUUGAUGAGCUAUCGUGCACGCCUGAGAAGUGUGUGAAGUGUGAAGUGUCACUACUACGAUACUCAGCCUUCCAAUGGUGGAAUACUCUCUUGUCCGUUGUAUCGAGGGAGAAGAUAACUUGGGAAUUCUUCCAGAAAAAGUUCCAGAAGAAGUACAUUAGCCAGAGGCUCAGCAAAUAUGCGCGGGAAUGCAUAUCUACAGAGCCCAUCAUGUGUAAGAGGUUUGAAGAUGGUCUGAAUGAAAACAUUCGUUUAUCAGUUGGUAUCCAAGAGUUGAGGGAGUUUGUGGUAAUGGUUGAAAGAGCUUGGAAGGCCGAGGAGUUGGUCAAAGAGAAGAGAAAAGAAGAUAACAAGUCUUGA